AUGCCGCCAGCCAAAUCGCUCGACGCGAAAGCCGAUGCUGCCAGUGUACGAGAACGUCAGGUCGCCGCAGCAGCACACGCGAGGAGCAGGAAGAAUAACGGAGCAGCGGCGCAACAGAAUGGCGGUAGUAGUCUGAAAGAGGUGGCCCUUAUCAAUGCGGAUGUUGGACAGGCUGCACAACCAAGUCAAGGAACAGGACAGCGCCGAAGCUUUCACGCCUCAUCUCCAUCCCUCGCGACGAAAGAUCCCUACAAAGCCUUAGGAGUGGAGAAAGGAGCCUCUUCGGGCGAGAUCAAGAAAGCCUACUAUGGCAUGGCGAAGAAGUAUCACCCCGAUACGAACAAAGACCCCAAAGCGAAGGAGAAGUUCGCCGAGGCGCAGUCGGCGUAUGAGAUUUUGAGUGAUUCGAAGAAGAAGGAGAUGUAUGAUCAGUAUGGCUCCGCGGCGUUCGAUCAGAAUGGAGGGUUUGAUCCAUCGGGUGGCGCUGGAGCAGGGCCUGGUGGAAACCCAUUCGCUGGAGCGAGUGGCUUUGGAGGGUUUGGUGGUGCAGGAGGAGGGUUUGGAGCGGAGUUCAAUUUCGAGGAUUUGUUCUCUGCGUUUGGGGCCGGUGGGGCGAGGAGGGCGAGGAGAGGAGGGCCAUUUCAGGAGGAGGCCAUGGUGGGGGAGAAUAUUGAGGUGCAGACGAAUAUCAGUUUUAUGGAUGCUGCGAAGGGUGUGCAGAAGGAUAUUGUUAUUACGCCGCUCGUGCAGUGUAAGACUUGUAGUGGGAGUGGGUUGAAGAAGGGGGCGAGCAGGAGUGCGUGUAAGAGCUGCGAUGGGACAGGUACAAGGGUGCAUUUCAUGCAAGGAGGAUUCCAGAUGGCGAGUACGUGUGGUACGUGUGGUGGGACUGGUCAGCAGGUACCAAAGGGCAGUGAGUGUGGGACUUGUCGAGGAAAUGGCGCUGUGAGGGAGAAGAGGACAGUCACGGUGGAUAUUCCUGGAGGUGUUGAGGAUGGGAUGAGGCUGCGAGUGAUGGGAGAAGGAGAUUAUCCGCCCACUGGAACUGCUGCAAACCCGAGCGCAAGUACACAGAAGGGAGAUCUUUACGUCUUCAUUCGCGUGGCGCCUGAUUCGAAGUUCUCGCGGAAUGGAUCGGACAUUCUUUACACUGCCAGCAUACCGCUGACCACCGCGGUGCUUGGAGGCGAGAUCGUUGUACCGACCCUGGAUGGGGAGGUCAAGGUCAAGGUUGCUACUGGAACAGGCACUGGUGAUAAGAUCACAAUGCCUGGUAUGGGUAUGGAGAAGUUGAGCUCAAGACGCGGCAACAAUGGCGACCUGCGAGUCGAGUUCAAGGUCCAGAUGCCGAAGUACCUGUCUGUCAACCAACGAACGAUCCUGGAGAUGCUGGCAGACGAGAUGGGCGACAAGAGUGCGAAGCGGAUCAUGAACUUGAACAACCUCAAGCACGCUCCGCCAGCAUCGAGUAACUCAAGCUCGACCCCUGACUCGAAAGGCGAAGACCACAAGAAUGAAGGCUUCUUGAAGAACCUAUGGCACAACAUCAGCGGCCAACAUGACGAAUCGAAUCAAGACGGCAAGCCUCAACAAAAGAACAACGAGCAGCAAGACGACGAGCCGAAGAAGGCAUCCGGGUCCGGGCAGCUCAGCGCGCAAGCCAUGGCGGUCCCCAUGAUCAGCACUCCUCUGAAGCAGACGAACGAAAUUGACUGGGUGCAACCCAUCAAGCAGCACAUCCGCAGCGCCUACGGCGAUGACCCCGAGCGAUACAAUGACGAGUGCGCGCAGCUCAACCGUCUACGGCAGGACAUGCGAGGAGCUGGUAAGGACAGCGCGGCAGGGAGGGAUUUGCUGUACAGGUAUUACGGGCAACUCGAACUGCUGGACUUGCGGUUCCCGGUGGAUGAGAACCACAUCAAGAUCAGCUUCACGUGGUUUGAUGCAUUCACGCAUAAGCCUACGAGCCAGUACUCGCUGGCGUAUGAGAAGGCGAGCAUCAUCUUCAAUAUCUCGGCGGUGUUGAGCUGUCAUGCGGCGAAUCAGAAUCGGCAUGAGGAUACUGGGUUGAAGACGGCGUAUCAUUCGUUUCAGGCGAGUGCGGGCAUGUUCACGUACAUCAAUGAGAACUUCCUGCACGCGCCUUCGACUGAUCUGAGUCGGGAGACGGUCAAGACGUUGAUCAAUAUCAUGCUGGCGCAGGGGCAAGAGGUGUUUAUUGAGAAGCAGGUCGUGGACAAGAAGAAGCCUGGGUUGAUUGCGAAGUUGGCGGCGCAGGCGGCGUAUUUGUAUGCUCAGGCCGUGGAUGGCGUGCAGGAGAAUGUUUCAAGAGCGGUGUUCGAGCGUGUCUGGCUACUUUUCGUCCAGAUCAAGCAACAUCACAUGGCGAGCGUGGCGCAAUACUACCAGGCCGUGGCGGACUACGAGGCAAACAAGUACGGCGAAGCCAUUAGUCGGCUACAGGCCGCCGCGAAUGCCAGCAAGGAGGCUAGCAGGAGUGCGAAUGCGUUCCCAGGAAGUGUGCCGUCUAACAGCAACCUCAGUUCGGAAACGGGUUCGAUAUUGGUGGAUGUGACGAAGAAGCAGACCGCGUCGAUACAGGAAUUACUGGCCGAGUACAACCGAGACAACGACAUGAUCUACCACCAGCCCGUACCUUCAGAGACCAAUCUCCCCAGCAUACCGAAGCUGCCUGCGGCAAAAGCGAUCCCGGUCAGUGAGCUCUACCAGGGCCAGGAUAUCCAGAGGAUCAUAGGACCAGACAUUUUCCAGCGAAUCGUCCCCAUGUCGGUGACGGAGAGUGCGAGUCUGUACGAUGAGGAGAAGGCGAAGAUGGUACGAGCGGAGGCUGAGAGGGUGGAGACGGCGGAUGAUGAGCUUGCCACUUCGUUAGACUACCUCAAGCUACCUGGUAGUCUCAACAUCCUCAAAGGAGCCGUCGAUCAGGAUUCUCUGAGCGUAGAUGAAGACUUCCGGAAUUGGUGCGGAGAACUGGCGGGUCACAGUCCGUUCGGGCCGGUAUUCGAUCGACUACGAGACGACAAACAGAACAUCAUGUCCACUUUAGACAACAGCAUGAAACAGCUGGAUAUGGAGGAGUCUGUGUGCGAGAAGAUGAGGAGCAAGUACGGGCCGGAAUGGACACAGCAGCCUUCCAGUCGAUUGACGCAGACUCUAAGGACCGAUGCGAGAAGUUAUCGAUCUGCGGUGGAAGAAGCGUCGACGAGUGAUGCGCAGCUAUACAGCACGUUCAGGCAGUACGAGUCUGAUCUCGAUGAGAUGCGAUCGGCCGGCGAGACUGAUGAGGCGGAUGUGCUGUAUCAACGGGCGAUGAUCAAGGCGGGUGCUGGGAAGAAGGGCGUGACGAGUCCUGGCGCUGGUGAUGAGGGCAACCUGCUGGACGACGACUUUGCCGAUGAGAGUCGGCAAUCUGUCGCUGAGCAGAUUGAGCGGGUUGAGACGUUGCUAAAUAAGCUCCAGUUGGUGAAGAGGGAACGGGCGCAAGUGCUGAAGGAUCUUAAGGAGAAGAUACACAACGACGAUAUCAGCAACGUGCUCAUCCUCAACAAGAAGGCCAUCACUAACCAGGAGAGUCAGCUAUUCAAGUCAGAGCUUGAGAAGUUCAGGCCGCACCAGAACCGAAUCCUGCAGGCUGUGCACAAGCAGCAGUCCCUUAUGAAGGAACUGACACGGACGUACUCUGAAUUGCUACAAGACAAGCGGGUCCGAGGCGAGCAGAACAAGUACGAGGCCUUCUCACGGCAGCGGAAUUCCGUCUUGAGCAAAUACCGGAAAGUCUACCAAGCCUACAAGGAUCUGCAGGCUGGCUUAUCAAGAGCGCAGCAAUUCUACGAUGAGAUGAAAGAGACGGUCGACAGCUUGAAGAAGAAUGUCGACUCUUUUGUGGAGAACCGGAGAUCAGAAGGAGGCCAGCUCCUUGGUGCUAUUGAAGCUGCGAAAGGGAGCGGUGCUGAUAGGGAGCAGGCGAGGCUGAAGGAGCUCAUGGAACGUAUGAGUGUCAGUCCGACGACUGGGCCGUCUGGACACUCGCCUGCACCUGGCUUUGGCGACCAGCGAAAUUCUACUCAGCGGCCGGCCCCCAUCCAGUCCCAAGCAAGCUACGGAUCACAAGCAACCUACAACCCAGCCACUAGCCCGCCGAUCACACCUCGAUACCAAUCCAACGGCAUGCAGUCACCGGCUCCAUACCCAACCUACCAGCAACAACAGCAACAGCCCUCAAACAGCCAGUACAACCCCACCUCCUACGGCGCAAUAUCCCCACCAGCACACCAGCAAUACUUCUCCCCGCCACCAAACCAACAAUACAACAACUACCAGCAACCAGCGACAACGCAGUACGGACAGCAACCUCAAUCUCAGCCGCAAUACGGCGGACAGAACGUCCCACCAGGUUGGCAACCUCCUCCACCCCCUCCCGGUCCACCCCCGAGCCAAGACUACAGCGCCAUGCAAGCGAGCCAGUACCCUUCUGGCGCGGGCGGGUACGCGCAGGAUCCGAGGAGGAACGGGCAGACGCAGCAGCAGGCUAGCGGAGGGGGAGCGGGAGGGGAUCCUUGGGCCGGAUUAAGUGCGUGGAAGUGA